UUGGCGCUUCCUUCUUAUUUUACACGUGUUGUACAGGUGUGUGUUUACAGCCCCGUGCAUUUUAUGAGACUCCUCGUGCUUCCAGCAGGCGGCGCGCGGUCGCGGUUUCACGUCAUUGAGGAGACUGAACGCGUGCAGGCUGGCGUUGAUCGAUGGUCUCUGAUUAAAGACGAAGGCGAGGUGUCGAUGAGGCGGUUUGGAGUCACGUGACUGCGGGACGUCGCUGAGCAUCACUUCGUUAAGGACCAGCACGAGGACAGACGCGAGCUUCACCUGAGGACAGCAGGCAGCGCGUGCAGGUACAGAUACUACACUUACUGCAAGUACACUGUAGUGCUGCCAGGUUUAUUACACAGAGUACUUCAUUCUGCUGUAAUAGCAUUAAAGACACGUGGUGUACUUCAAAUAUUCUGAGUGUACUUUCAGUUCACGUAGUACUGCAGUAUACAUAGUACUGUACACAGAGGGUACUGAUGAAGAACCAGUAUUAUUCAGUCGAUCAGCGGGACACACAGCUGAUCGAUCCACCGAUCAGAAAAUAUUCGUUCAAAGUGAGUCAGUCGAUGAUAAAGAGGAGGAGGAGAACAAAGAGCAUCAAAUAUUCACACUGAACCUCAAGUGCAGCCUUGUCCGUGGGCUCUUUGUUCCUGUUUCUCUAGUGACUCUGAAACACGCCAAAGAUAACGCAGUGUGACAUAGUUGUCAGUAGAAGAAGAGGUGUGAGGCCUAAAAUGAGUUUUGUUUUGCUUUUUUUACUUCAUUGAUCUGCAACCAGUUUACAUUCUUUUAUUUGUUAUUAUGAAACAAAGUACACAGCUAAAUUUACUGCAGUACUGCUUAAAGAAACAGCUCUCCUUGUAGUAUAUGUAAGAGUAAUAACAGAAGAUAGUCGAUUGGUUAAUAAAGUAACAAUAACUGUAGUACUGAGUACUUGUGUAUUUUUACUGCAAUAACAAAUACGUUAAUGAACACUUUAAACUUGCCGCACACUUGGAGUACUAACAGUGCAUUGUACACAGUACUUUGCAGUACUCCUUUGAAGUACUGUUACAAUGACUUUAUGUGUGAACAGAUGAGGGAUCAGUAUGGAGUUAUCGAUCGCCGUUUCAGGUACGUACUCCUGUGUCAGGUGUGUAAAGGGGAGGAGUCACCUGAGAUCUCUGAUUGAUUGAUUCUGAUUGCACAUUUCAGACUCAUUACAUUCCCGGAGGAGGAAGUGGAAGAGGAGGAUCAUUUCAGACAUCAUGCUGGGAGUCACCGAGGCGGUGACCCAGACGACCAAUCGAAGUGACCUGUACUGCGCGCUGCCGCAUGGUGAGGGCCGCCUGCCGCUGGUGCUGCUGUACAGCGCCGUGCUGCUGGUCGGUCUGCCCGCCAACCUGUUGACGGUCCUCCUCACGGGGUUGCAGGUGCGCAGGAAGAAUGUGCUGGGCGUGUACCUGUGCAGCCUGUCAGUCUGUGACCUCACCUACCUGGGGACGCUGCCGCUGUGGGCGAUCUACGUGAACCACGGUCACGUGUGGCCAUGGUCGUCAGCGGUCUGCAAGCUGACGGGCUACAUCUUCUUCAACAACAUGUACAUCAGCAUCUUCCUGCUCUGCUGCGUCUCCUUCGACCGCUGUGUCGCCGUUGUCUACAGCCUGGAGUCCCGUGGCCUGCGGCGGCAACGCCACGCCGCCUUUGUCGUUCUUGCCAUCAUCCUGGUAGUGGCCAUCGGGCACACCCCGGUCUUCACCAUGAGGGAGGGCGCCACAGAGGCUUUGCGUCGCUGCUUCGAGCCGAGUCAGAGCAGUGCGACGGUGACAGGCUUCAACUACGCUCGCUUCGUCAUCGGCUUCCUGCUCCCGCUGCUGUUGCUGGUCGUCACCAACCGCGGCAUCCUGGCUAAUGUGCAGCGCAGCACAGGGCUGCAGUCGGCACAAAAACGCCGUGUCCGGCACUUGGCCGUGGGUGUGGUGGUUCUGUUCCUGGUGUGCUUUGCCCCGUACCACGUGAUCCUACUGGUCCGAGGCGUCAUCUUCCACUUCCCGCAGCUUGACAACUGCUCGUUUCAGAAGGCCAUGUACACACCCUACACCAUCUCGCUGGGCCUGUCCACCAUCAACAGCGCUGUCAACCCAAUCCUGUACGUCUUGUCAAGCAACAACAUCCGAAAGGAUCUACGGCGAGGACUUGCACAGAUCUGUGGCAGGGUGCUGGUGAGAACUCCGUCCAGCACCACCCAGAACAAAAUCCAGCCGAUCAACAACUCUUUAGAGCUCAACACGGGCAGCGAGAGGCUGGCAGCAGGAAAACCACCCGGAACCUGAGGUAGCGGUUCCACGACACUGCAGUGUCCUGCAGUGACUGCAGAGGGCCAGGACCAAGAACCGGGGGACUUUGAGUGCUACGUAUGCACAGAAAAACAAAAACAGAAAUGUUUGGAAUGAGAACUUUAGAGACAGAAGCUAGAGUAACGAAGGUGACACAAACACUGCUGUGUUGCACACCGUCAGCCUCCCUGCUGCCAUGUGUUAGACUGAAACAGCAGGAUCGUUUCUGACGCGUGGCCACUCCUGUAGACACAGAAACAUGUAACUGCAUCUCAAACAUUCACACCUGCAGGGAACUAGCAGGCCAAUCAGAGCUCACAGUAACGAUGUGACUCAGCUGUCACUGAUAUCUGAUUAUUGAUCACAUAUCUGUGUCCAAAUGAACUCAUUUUUAUUCCCAUUUCACCUGGUCAGGUGUUCAGAAGGUUCACAGUUCACCUGCUGGGUUCCAUCAGAAGCAGCUUUUGUGUGCACUAAGGAGCUGUUCAUGUCCUAUCUGUUGUUGAGGGGACACUUUUUACUGUAGCACUUCAACCGGACAGACAGGUGACCUCAGAUUAUUGUUUUCUCUGAACCGUAGAUACAUCACACACCUGGUCUCACAGUUUUUAAACUGUAUUCAGUCACUGGCUAAUGUCUUCUGUCAUCAUUAAAAAAUGUAAAUUAUU